AUGCUUGAUUUAUUAAACAAAGAAGAAACAUCGUCUCGAGAAUUGUUUAACAAGCGCCUGGAGAAGAGAAGUGCGAACAACGGGAAUACGGAUACGAAAAGGGACAUACCAAGAGGAAAACAAAAAAAGAUAAAAGCAUUGAGACGUUUGCUCUUAAACGGUAUUUCGAACCAAAAUAACGAAGAUAUUCAAGAUGACUACGGCGAGGAUGAGGACGACGAUUAUUCCAAGGGCGUGAACAAGAAGAAAAUGAAUUGGGAUGAUUUUCAAAAUGAAGACGGGGCAAGUGUAAUGGAAUUAAUUGCUCUUAACGUAAGGCACAAGAGUAACGCGAGUUCUGCACGUAGUAUCGGAUAUUUUUACCGAUAAUGAUGAAGCUAUUAUGUA